UUACAACCUACGAGUACAUUUUACUAUGAAUAAAUUUAUGUUACUAAAUUAUUAAUAUCAAUAUUAAAAUUAUUUUAUGUGAAAAUCUAAAUCUAAUUUGAAUUUAAAGUAGGUACUAUUUACUUUGCGUAACUUUCACUUAACCUGGCUGAAUACAGCAGCAAUCUGUUUAACGUCUGAUGAUGGUUGGCUCAACGUUGGCGCCACAUAUUAUAUUUGUGGUUAGUUGUUGUUUAUCUAUGGUUGGCGCACGUGACGCGCACACUACCCUGAGCUAUUUGGUUGAUUCAUGCAAUCGUGCGAGUGCAGUCUUGUCUAGAAUUUGUUGAGGGGUGACUGCGUUAUAAUAUUAUUAACUUAAUUUCAUAUUUAUUUAUUAAUUAAAAUAAUUAUUGAAUAUGAGUGCUACUAAUAAAACAAAAAUAGACCUCGAAAAUCGAGAAUUUCAAGAUCGCUGGGAAAUAGAUUAUUUAUUUAUUCUAAACCAGAAUGGUAAACCACAGUGUUUGGAACGUUUAGAAAUCAUAGCUGUGUGUAAAGAAUAUAACUUGAAGCGCCAUUAUCUUUCCAUGCAUGAAAAAAAGUAUCAUCCGUACACGCGAGACAUGAAAAUACCACUAGUGAAAAAAAUGAAAAAGCAGCUGGAUCAUCAAACGAAUUAUUUUAAUCAAGAACCAAAAUUUCAAGAAGCAUCUGUAGCUGCAUCGUUUGAAGUUUGUUUAGAAAUAGUAAAGGCAAAGAAGCCAUUUUUGGAUGGAAAAUUAAUUAAAAAAUGUGCCAUAAAAAUAGCUCAAGCAUUUAAUGACAACGAAAUGGUAAGAAAAUUUCAAACAGUAUCACUUUCUCACCAGACUGUAAGCGGACGUGUAAACGAGAUUAGCAUGCAUGUCACUAAUAAAUUAGAAAACCUAAUCAAUAGUUGCUGCUAUUUUUCGGUAGCAUUGGAUGAAAGCACAGACAUUUCCGAUACAAGUCAAAUGCUUAUCUUUAUAAGAACUGUAAAUGAAAACUAUAAUUAUUCAGAAGAACUUUUAAAAUUACAAUCAUUACACGGAACAACAAAAGGUGAAGAUAUUCACAAACAAUUAAAAUGUGCAGUAGAGCAGUAUGGCGGAUUUGACAAGUUCACUGCUAUUGUAACCGACAAUGCUAGAGCUAUGACGGGCAAAAAUAUCGGGCUCGCGGGACUUUUGCAAAAAGAAGGAAUAACAUGUCGUAUGUUACACUGUAUUAUCCAUCAGGAGGCAUUAUGUGGUUUAUCCCUACAACUAAAAGACGUAAUGGACAAGAGUGUACCUGUAAAGAUAAUUAAUAAUUCUCAGAAAGAUAUAUUAAAGAAGCUAAAUGAUAUUGAAGGUAAAAUGUCGCAACAUAUUAAUAAUAGUGACCACCUUGUUACCAGGAAGGCUAUGCUUAAAUAA